AUGAGCGAUAAAUCAAAAAUUGCGUCAUCCAAACGUGAAUUUGGUGCCGGCUCAAAUGAAAUGUCGGAUAAUAGUGAUAAAUUCCUGUUUAAGCAGGGAUAUUAUCGCAAGCAUAUUGCACCCGAUUCAACGUGCUUAUUUCGAUGUGUUUCGGAGCUUCGCCACGACAUUCAGUUGUACCAUCCGGAAGUGCGAAAGGAAUGUGUGGAAUAUAUGCGGAAUAACAAGAAACUCUUUGAAAAGGAAAUAAAAUGGAACUAUUAUGAUUAUAUUUACAACAUGUCGCGCCCACAAACUUACGGUACAAUAUUGGAACUGCAGGCGCUGGCAUGGUUACACAAGGCCAAUGUGCAUAUUUUUACCCCUUUUAAAGAACCCGUGGUUUUGGUAGAUGAACCCAGUCAUGAGAGCACGUGGCGGUUGUUUCGCAAACGUGAUAAACAAUUCGAUGUCGUUUUUUCGAUCGAGUACAUGAAAUCUGCGGCCUAUUGUCAAUCGAUAGUAUAUGAGGUACUGAUGAAAAACGUAUUGGGCCUACCGGACAUCGAGUAUAUGACCGAGCGUAUGCUGUAUGAUCCGAAUAAUGAAAAAACCACAUAUGAAGUAAAUGAAGAAGGUCGUCCCGUUGCCAUUACGGAAGAUGGGCGGCAGCUCGUGCUGAGCACAGCACAAGAAACAAAUUGCGCUCUUUCGCAGUCCGAUUUGUGUCACUUCCAUAACCGAGAUGGCUUUGAGGAUGUGAAGCAGUUCUUCGAAGUGCAGGGUACCGAAAAGGGCUAUCAAGUUUAUUUAAAAGACUAUUACCAAACGAUUGCAAACAAACCCUCACCGCUGCUGCACGAUCCUGAAAUAUCAUGCAUUCGGCAAUUGCUGGAGAUGCACAUCUCACCGGUUCCGUAUAGAGUUGCUAAAUCGCUGGAUCCUCACACCUACCGCAAUGUGGAGUACGAUACGUGGAUGGAUUUACGCAGGGAGGCGAAUAUUGCAACUAUGUAUCAGAUGGAAUACCAUAGGUACUACUUUACGAAAACGAUGCGUACGCUCCGCUUCCUCCAUCUGCUCCGUGAUUGA